AUGACUGUUACUUGCCUUUCUUCCGGCUCUGUUGUUGUGAAGAUUCAUCAGCGCACGGGCGUUCUUCGUAAUUUCCCGGAUAUCGACGAAAUUCCUGGCGAAGGACAGUCCGUACUUGACGUCAGCACUGCAGCCACCCCAUUUCCAGCCGUUGUGGGAAUAAUUGGGCAAUUUCGAUUUGUCGCAACCGCAUCGGCUGAGAUUUCCGCGGCUGCACGCCUGCUUUCAUUGUGGAUCCCUGCCGGGGUUUCAUUCGGGAGCCGGUCCAUCCGUUCAUUAUUCUUUCUGUCAUCUACCUGUGAGCCGCCUUCUUUCUUUCUUUCUUUCUUUCUUUCUUUCUUUCUACUUAUGAUCAUUUAUUCCUUUUUCAUUCUUUUCUCCUUUCUGUCCUCCACUCAUUCAUUUAUUUUUCGACUAUUUCUCUAUCUCUUUUUUUUUCAUCGCUCCACGUUCGUUUCUUUUUCAUUAUUUUUCUCCUCAUAUUUAUUUAAAAUCAUUAAUCAUUAUUAUUCCUUCCUUUCUUCUACUCUUUCCUAUAUUCGUGUUUCAACGGUACUUGAUCUAUCUAUCUAUCUAUCUAUCUAUCUAUCUAUCUAUCUAUCUAUCUAUCUGUUUAUACUUUAA